CUCUCCCAUCCUCAUUCUCCCAUCUCCAACCACAGCACAGCACGCAGAGCAAAAACAGAGUAAAAACACGCCGUAGCCAAGCCAAAUCUCCUUCCUCAACCCACAGCUUGCCCCCAAACCAACAAAGCCAAUCUUCUCUCCUGAUGGCGCGUUGGGCAAUCGCGAUCCACGGCGGCGCGGGAGUCGACCCGAACCUCCCGGAGCACCGUCAGGAGGAAGCCAAGCGCGUCCUGGCCCGGUGCCUGCAGCUCGGCGUCGACCUGCUCCGGGCCGGCACCCCGGCGCUCGACGUCGUGGAAGCCGUGGUGAGGGAACUCGAGUCGGACCCGUGCUUCAACUCCGGCCGCGGGUCCGCGCUCUCCCGCUCCGGGUCCGUCGAGAUGGAGGCCAGCAUCAUGGACGGCCGGGGCCGCCGCUGCGGGGCUGUUUCUGGGGUGUCGACCGUCAAAAACCCCGUGUCGCUGGCCCGCCGCGUCAUGGAGAAGUCGCCGCACUCGUACCUCGCGUUCGACGGCGCCGAGGAGUUCGCCCGUGAGCAGGGGCUUGAGGUUGUGGACAAUAGCUACUUCAUCACCGAGGAGAACGUCGGCAUGCUCAAGCUCGCCAAGGAGGCCAACAGCAUCCUGUUUGACUACCGUAUCCCUUUGACCGGCGCCGACACGUGCAGCGCAUUGGCUGCUGCCUCGGAGAAGAACCACGGCGCCGGCAACGGCAUGGUGAUGAACGGCCUGCCCAUCAGCAUCUACGCGCCGGAGACCGUCGGCUGCGCCGUCGUCGACUCGACGGGCGCGUGCGCCGCGGCCACGUCGACGGGCGGGCUGAUGAACAAGAUGAACGGCCGGAUCGGCGACUCGCCGCUGAUCGGGUCGGGCACGUACGCGUGCAAGGCCUGCGCCGUGUCGUGCACGGGGGAAGGCGAGGCGAUCAUCCGGUCCACGCUGGCGCGUGACGUGGCGGCCGUGAUGGAGUACAAGGGGCUGCCGCUCCAGGAGGCCGUGGACUACUGCGUCAACGAGCGGCUCGACGAAGGCUUUGCCGGGCUCAUCGCUGUCUCUGGCACCGGGGAAGUGGCCUAUGGGUUUAACUGUACUGGGAUGUUCAGAGGCUGUGCCACCGAGGAUGGGUUCAUGGAGGUCGGCAUCUGGGAGUGAGCCGAGCUAGCUCUGUUGUGUCUAUCCUUGGAGAUUGGAGCUUGUUAGCUAGUGUGCAUGCAUGUGGCCAUCCUGCGAUUGCCGUGUGGUGGCUCUAGUCUGUUUAUUAUUGGGGUUUUAGUGCUAGCAGUAGUGGUUGCUAGUGUGUGAUUGGAGGCUGGAUUAAUAUGUUUAUUAGAUGAUGAUGAUGAUGAUUUGCCCUGGGAAAUAAUAAUGUGAAAAGUUCUAUGGCUUGUGAAAUCGAAA